AAAUACAAAGACACAAGCACGUGUCUGUCCAGCUCCACGGUUUACACAUUACAUCACCCCCCGCAUCCAUCCCUCUCCCUCACUUCCAACCUCAUUCCCAGCAACAUCUUAUGCUCAUCUCUAACCCCCAAUCCAAGGGAAUCAUGACCUCUACUAUCACUACCUAUCACCUACCGACCAUCCAACACCACCACACCUCAAUCCCAUUUCCGCAUCCUCCCAAAACAAACCUCCACCUCACAUCCCCAAACCAACAACCAACACCUUCAAUCCAAACAACCCCCCAAGCUCAACCCCAAACACCACCACCCCCUCCCCAUCAAUCUCCAAUCCCAACCCCAACAAACCCACCCUCCUAACCCUCCCCCCAGAACUCCACCUCCACAUAACCACCUUCCUCCCCCGCCUCCCAACCACCCUCAUCUCCCUCCGCCAAACAAACACCUACUUCCG